GUGUCCUCAGUUGAGAGUCGGCAAUACGCGGUUAUCUGCCAGACCAUGUUAAUGUAUUCUGGUAGAGUAGGGAGCACUGUAGUUUAGUAGUAGGAAAGCUAGGCCGGCCCAUUGCAUAGAAAGGAUUUUAAGAUGAAGGACAUAGAGAAGGAGGAGCCAAUGUGUUCAACCGACAGCGAUGACAUGGAUCAGGAAAAACCUGAGCAUCGAUCGGGGAAAAUGUUCAUCGGCGGAUUGCACAGCCAGACGGAUUCAGAUAGUCUUGAGAAUUACUUCAAACAAUAUGGCGCUAUCAAAGAGAGUGUUAUUAUGCGGGACCCCGUCACAAGACGUUCCAGGGGUUUUGGCUUUGUGACGUUUUUAAAUUCAAGUUCUGUUGAUAAAGUUGUCAAAAAAGCUAACCACAUGGUGGAUGGUAAAAAGGUAGAUCCAAAAAUAGCAAUUCCAAGGAAAGUACCUAAACAGAACCAAUUUAAGAAAAUUUUUAUUGGAGGCCUUGCAAGUGAUACAACCACAAAUGACGUUAGGGAAUAUUUUGAAAAAUACGGAAAGGUGACAGAUGUUUUAUUAAUGUACGACAAACAAACACGAAGACUUAGAGGAUUUGGAUUCGUUUCUUUUGAAUCUGAAGAAGUUGCAAAACGGAUUUGCGGUGAAGGUUUUCAUAAAAUCAAGUCGAAAAGUGUGGAAUGCAAGCGAGCACAGCCCAAGGAAGUCAUGCAGGCUUUACAAGGUAGAGGAAGAGCUGGCCCUUACUUUGGAGUUGAUUUGUCACAAUUUUCGUUUCCAAGAUGGUACACGCAAUAUGGCGCACCAAUGCCUUUUUAUUCAGGUCAAGAAUGGCCACAAAUGAAUGCACACAUGUACCAGCAACUGGCAAAAAUGGAAGACUAUAAUAUGACGUUAGCACAAGGAAGAUGGAGAGAGCGCGGCCGAAGUGCGGCCAUCCUCGGAUACCAAACGCCAGGUUUUCAUAGCUUUCCUCCUGGCAGCGGUGGAUUUAUGAACAUGACAGAAAGACGCACAGAAACCUCACCUCAACAUGGGUACUACCGCAGCAGCUUUGGGAGUAUAAGGAACCCUGACGUCAGAGCUCGUUCUGACCAGAAUCCUCAGAACAACAGUGUCACUUCAUCAUCGAUUUCAAAUAUGCAAGAAUAUGACUAUGGAGUACAAAUGAAUCAGUACCAUCAACAUGGACAAGGAAACCUGGCUCCCAAUCCUUCACCCCUCAGUCAUGGGGGCAUGAACCCUAUCAACUCUCCUGGUCCAGUUGAAUAUAUUUCAGCAACGAGAACUGGUGCUGCUGCUCCUCAUGACUUUGCGGUAUACAGCAACAGCGUAGGAUUCGGAAAUGGAAUGACAUCGCUGAGACAAUAGAACCAACUAAACACCUCGGCCUUCCUUUUGUUCCUUUGUGUCAAAUCUCCAGAGGCCUUCUCAAACUGCUCAUUUUACUGAAGUUUUUCACGAGGAUGCUGACUCCACCAAAUUUUCAAAUUUUGGUAACUCAAAAACAUUUUCUUGCAAGCGUGAAGUUUUUGUAGGUUUAAACGAUAAACGAUAAAUUUAGUUAACCUGGUAUUUUAGUUUUUGUGUCUUGGAUUGCGUUGUCAGUUGCCAUGGAGACUGUCUUCGUGGUAUUGAUUGGCAGCCUUAAAUCAUCCUCAGUAGCAUCAUUAGUUUUACUGUUUACUUUUUGUUAUGAGAAGGCGUUUUUCUUGGAGACAUUUCGUAUGGUAAGAAGCAAAAGCUCCUUUCUAAAUACCUUUCGCUAUCUGUGCUUGAUUCUAGUACUUUCUUUGAAGUUAAUGACGUCAUUAUGACGCUUUUAUCAAUGCAAUCCCACUUAAUAUGUGCAAUGCUUCUUUGGUGGUGGCCCUUGACCAAUGGAAAGGUAUUUGUAAGGAUGUUUUUGUUCGCAAGGACCUUAACGUACGAGCUUCUAAAUUCAUGGAGUAUUAACCUAUCAUAUAACGUGAUCAUAUCAUAGCUGACUUCAUUCUGCAUCAUCAAGAUUUCUUGAAAGCCCAUUUGGUUAAGUUACCCUAAGAUUCAACAAAGUUAAAUGCAAGCUCGACAAAUUCUAUUAAUGGGACCAAAGUUCUUUCUCAGGAAAUAGUGGCGAACAGUCUAAUAUGUGUCUUCAUAAUGUAAGGAAAAAACACCCAUAAACCAAUUUGGUCUUUCCUUCAAAACUCAAAAGCUUCUUCGUUGCAAACAAACGAGCAUAUUCUUUAAGGUGCGUAACCACCAAUUUUAUUGGGCCUAUGUAAUCUUGAUGUGAUUUUAUUGCAAAAAUGAAGUCAGCUCUGUUAAAAUAUUUUUGUCAAGGUUAGUCUCCAUGUUGCUCGUUCAAUUUGUACUAACAAAUUAAAUAACCUUUUGCAACAAAGACAUGUCCAAACCUAUUUUGAUAAGAUCAUGGUAAAUAUUUUUUAAUUUUACAAUGUAUACACAAUAAUUUCCCUCGUAUAACCCUAACAAUCAGAUACGUUGUGUACAAACCAUUUGCUCUCGUAGUGGCAUCAAAUGCCGUAGUUUAAAGCCAUUGCAAUCAUUACUUUGGUGAUCCGUUGAUACUUUAUUAACAUUCUCUACUUUCUCUUAAUAGUAGACCCUAUUUUUAGGCAUGCCUUUCUCAAUUUCUCUUGCCUUUCGGGCCUUGAAACAAUAUCUCUGCCAGUCUUAGUCAUCGAUCUCUUGGUUUAAGGAGUGCACUGUUAUGUAAGGAAGAAGGGAUCUUCCCACAAAAAUAAUUAAGUUAUGUCAGAAUUGGAAAAAGCCUGCUUUCGACAUAAGCAAGAGGGCUCAUCAUACACCCCCAGGCACUACACUCCAUAGCUGUACUACACAUGGCACUACCCCUCUUGGCACGUCCACCCCAUAGCCCCAUACCUUUGGUUGAUACUGAAAAUCCCCCCCCCCCUCACCUUGCCAUUAAUAAAUAUGAAAACAAUUUUGCAUUAGUUAAGACUGCUUGAAGUGGACUUCACGCUUUAAGGAAAUCUUUUGGAUACAUGAAAACCACCUCAUCUUAUAUUGCAAUUCCCGCGAAUCGCGAAUUGAAUGGCUAUGAAAUUUUAUAUUUUGCAGUCAAGCCCAUUGGUAACCACAUCUUUAGACGAUAGUUAUUACCAGACAUUGAACAUGAAGCCAGUCCAAGAAAGGCUAUUAAAUUAGUGUUUUGCGAAAACCAGACAAAAGAAUACAGUAUUAAGAUUAAAAAACAAAGAAGGGCUUAGACAGUCGGUUGUGUUGAUGAUUUCUUCAGCUUUCCUGUUACUCCUGCAAUCUGCCUAACGAACAACGGCUUUACAUAGUUCUUCAGCAGUUGAAAACAGUUUCAAACUACGUAAAGAUUCCCACUUUUUACUUCUUAAAGUUCAACCUAACUCUAAUGCAUUUAUAAUUGAUAACUCACACCUUCAUGAACCACUUCAAACAAAAAGAUGACCGAGACUGUAGGCGGCCUUGCGCAUCACUAACCCCUCACUAUCACACUGCUUUUAGAUCUUACCGCUCAGAGAUACACUCGCAUAGAUUGCAAUGGCUUUUGUUUUGUCCUUAUUUUUGAUUUUCUUUCAAUUAUCGCCUAAUUUAACAUUUAUGAUUCAUGAUGAUUAGGCGAUCGUUUAUUGAUUAAUCAUGAUAUAUCGGUGAGCUCCACAUUAUUAUUAAAUGAUUCACCACUCUAAAUCAUAUCUUGCAACUAUACAGCAAUGAAAUCUCGAGGCUGCUUCCUUACUAUGGGUUCAAAUAACCCCCCCCCCCCCAAAAAAAAUGGCCAUUGUAAUCUUUUGAUUUUACCCACUUAUAUAACAAUCUAUUAACCUUUAUUCCAAAGAGCAGUGGCCUAUCUAAAAAUGGCCACAAGCCCUCAAAAAACCUAGUCUUAUUCAAAAUGUCUUUUUAGCCAGCCGGAAGCUUAGGCUUCAGGAUUUUUCAUUGGCCUUCAACAACGUAGAAGAUGAUCGUAAAAGUUUUAUUGAGACCCCAUAAAGACGGCUCAGAAAACAUAGCAAUGGGGCAGUAUCGAGAGUUUGUUAACCCCUGUGAGUAUAUUAAUAUUGAAUUAUUUAUUGUGUACCAUAAAGUGGUGAACGGAUUAAUUGGAGAUGGUGCGGGGAAAGUGUUAUGAAUGACUUUUAACUUAUUCCUUAACAAAGCUUAUACACAGUUUGUUGAACUGUAAUCUAAGUCGUGAUAGGGCACUUGUUUACAUAGAAAACGUCUACGAGCAAGAUCCUUAGCAUUUGAAGUUCUAUCAUACGAUGAAGUGAGCAUAAUUUUGCAAAAGUUUGCUUUCAGUUGUAUUUUGAGCGUUUUAAUUCAUAAUGCAAGGAGACAAAUCGUAGAAUUUUCUAUCGACAGGGGCCAUGGAUUAUGAAAAAUUUGCAAUCGUAGGAACUCUGCACCGUGAUAUUUUGCCAGAGCCUUGUGUCAUCUGUGUUGCCAAUCGCCCAACUUUCAAUAAAACAUGACAUUGUAUAUUUCGGACUUUCUGCUUUGUUGUGAUGAAAAAUACAUGAAAACUCCACAGUCCAUGCAACUAAAUCACUUAAACACGCUGUAUUUUCCACUACAAUUCCUGAAAUAUUGACGUCAAAGGGCACGUGAUUAGUACCAAGGUCCUGGCAUCAUGACAUACAGUGAAAUCAACGUAGUUGUCGCCCAUGGUAGGAUGUGAUUUGCUAUGCUCAUUGUUGUUGUAGUUGCAGCCAUAAGCUUGGCAAAUUGUCUCGUUUCUGGUUGAUAUCAAACUAUAUUAAGAUUAAGAACCAAGACGACCACCAUUUGUUAGUGGAAAACUAAAAACAAGGCAGUUUGGUGUACUUUACCAACCUAUAAUGAAAUAUCAUCUUUAAAGGUAGCAGCUGUACUUUAAAAUGCAAAAAAUUAUUUUUCGAUUUUACAUGUCAAGGAAGGCGUUUACCAUAACUGAAGCAGUAUACUGAAAGUGCUACCUCCUUCUUGCCAGAAAAAACCCCUCUUUCCUUGGAAUAAAAAGUACAUAUAAAAGUUCCCGUUUUCAAAAGCAAAGCCAGUCUUAGAAUUAACUUUCAAGAUCCCCAGAAUUGACUAGUGUAGCCACAAGUAACACGACCACCCUCUGGUUUUCUAAUUUACUUGAAACGGACAAUUUACCAAGCAAAUUUUUACUCUCGAUCACACGGUAUGUUUGAUAAAACGCAUCCCACGAAAGAACUCGUUUGAAGAUUAUUUUACUUACAAACAGCAAGCAGUCGUAACGUUUGAUAAGUGGUUUGAUUUCGAUCUAUUUACCGUUUAAUUUACUUACUAACUAUGCCAAUUAUCAAUAGAUUUAACUUCUAAAUUUUCGUAGAUUAUUAUUAUAUGAAACAACGUUUUCAUUUCUCAAA